UUGAGAGAUCACGUGUAAACGGGAACUGAUAUUUUUGGGCUGUGUUGUUUGUUGAUUGAACAAAAAGUUAACAAUACUACGAUGUGUAAUUUUCAUUGGCGUAAUUAACAACGUCAUGGAUUGUCAUGGAAACUGCAUUUAGAGGGAACGCUAAAAGGAAACACCUGAGCGUCCAUGACUGUGCGGCUCUGAGCUGCACCAGCGAGGGGACAUCGUCCCUCACCCAGCCUUUUACCAGCCGUCGCAGCAGCAGUGAUUUAAACAGGGGCCUCUACCCUCGGACUACAAGGAAGAGAGUGAAGCCAGGUGCAAAUGAUAAUUACAAACAGAGUGGCAUUACAGACUACUUCCCGGUAACAGGCCACUGUACAAUAAGCCCUCAUAAAAUGGCAGAAGGGAUGAUGGAGGAAGACAGUCUUAAUGGAGACAUGCUUGCUGAUGAGGAGGCACUGCAGUCCAGUGUCCCGGAAGACUUCUUUUUGGAGGACUUUGCAGAGGAAACUGCAUUUAAAGAGGCAGUAUUGACAGCCAGUCGGAAACGAUCCUUUGAUUCUAAAGGAGCAGACACUCCUUACUCUCAGAGCGCAGAGUUCAGUGGCUGGAUUAAGAAGCCCUGGUCAGACAGUAGGGCUCAUGGGCUCCUUCAGUCCAAGGAGGAGGAAGAGGAAAUCCCUGUUGAUCCACUUCCUGAUGUUCAUUUCGGUCUUUUGGGAACUAGUCAGUGUCAGCAAGAUCCACAGGGACACAUCAGCCACCUUCCAGAAGAACUCCUCAUGUCAAUCUUCAGUCACCUCCCUGCUCAAGAUCUCUAUCAACACAUUAGUGUUGUCUGCCAACGCUGGAGAGCCAUAGUGAAUGACCCAUUGUUUGUCCCCUGGAAAAAGCUGUACUUUCAGUACAGGAAAGGAAAGAGCGAGGCUGUAAAAGAAAUUGAGCAGAUUCUCUCAGACAAUCACAUCACAGAGAAAGAACAGCUGUGUGUGAUGAAUCUGGUGAAGUACAUGUCUCAGUUUAAACACAGCCGAAGUACACAACCAGAGGCAGUCCUGAAGUGUCUGAAAGAUCACUACUUGUACCCUCAGGCUGAAGCGUGUAUUUCUAACAGAAUGCCAGAGGAAAAAAUAGAUGGGGCUGUAAAUGUGUGGGCUGCCUUCGCUCUGAUUGUGCUUCUCUCAGAUGGUAUGAGAGACGUUCAUAGUCUAGUGACUUCCCUUAGAAGACCGAGCUCCACCUUAUCGCUCUCUCAGAUCUCCGAAAUGCUGCACUGCAUGGCAGCGCUGCUUUUUGCAAUGAGGGAGAAUGGAAUCAAUAUCAGCAGCAGGUUUCAUUACAACCUGUUUUAUGCUUUGCAUCUAAUGGAGAACUGUACCCCCUUCUCAAGAACACAAGAAUCUGGCAAGGCAGCAUCUGGUGUGGCAGAAAUAAAUCUUACUCAUGAACAGCAACAGAUCCUGAAUCAUGAAAUCACUAAGGGGCAUGUAGUCAAAAUUAUGGCGUUUGCAGGAACAGGGAAGACCUCCACUCUUAUUAAAUAUGCACAGCAGAGACCCCACCUACGAUUCCUAUAUGCAGCUUUCAACAAGUCAGUGGCUGUGCAAGCCAAACGAUUGUUCCCAUCAAAUGUGGACUGUAAGACCAUCCAUUCCAUGGCAUACCAGCAGGUUGGCUACAUGUAUAAGAAGUAUAAGAAGCUGAACAUGAAUAGUUGCGUGAAGCCUUUCUCAGUGGCCUGGGUUCUACCUGAAGGCAGGGGGGGGUUUGUGAGAGCCAAGCUGGUCACCCAGACCCUGCAGACUUUCUUUGCUUCUGCAGAUCGUACAAUCACCACAGACCACGUCCCAAUGCAGUGCAAAAACACACGGGGAGAAAUGGAGCUGGUAGAGCAUACAGAGAAACUGAAAAUUGCAGAUGAUGCAGAUGGACUCUGGGAGAAGAUGAAAUGGUUAAAAGAAACAAAGGAAUCCAGCUACCACAUGACACAUGACGGUAAUCUAAAACUUUGGCAGCUUAAGAGGCCCUGUCUCAAUCAAUAUGAUGUCAUCUUCAUUGAUGAAGCUCAGGAUUGCACUCCAGCAAUCAUGGAUAUCAUUCUUUCCCAGUCUUGUGGGAAGAUCCUGGUUGGAGACCCUCACCAGCAGAUCUACACCUUCAGAGGCGCAGUCAACGCCCUGUAUGAAGUACCCCACACCCACAUCUAUUACCUAACACAGAGUUUCAGAUUUGGCCCGGAAAUUGCUUAUGUUGGAGCUACCCUUUUAGAUGUUUGCAAAAAAGUGAAGAAGACUCUAGUUGGAGGUAAUCAGGAAGGUAACGUAAGGGGAAACAAAGAGGGGAAGAUUGCCAUUUUAUCCCGCUCCAACUCCACUGUGUUUGAUGAAGCAGUGAGGGUGACUGAAAGAGAGAAGCCUCCAAAAAUCCACAUUAUUGGCGGUGUUGAUAGUUUUGGAUUAAGAAAAAUCUUGGAUAUCUGGAUACUGUUGCAGCCCGAGGAGGAACGCAAGAGAAAAAACCUGGAAAUAGUAGACAAAUUUAUCUGCUAUUUUACUCGCAAGGGUGGCUACAGAGGCCUUAAGGAAUAUGUUUUUAAAGCCGAGGAUGGGGAGCUGGAAGGGAAGAUUUCUGUGGUGGAGAAAUAUACUUUUCGUAUCCCUGAGUUAGUACAAAGAAUAAAAGACUGUUCUGUCAUUGAUCUUACAUUUGCAGAUAUUGCUCUAGGGACUGUCCACAAAGCCAAAGGACUCGAGUUUGAUACAGUAGAAGUAACUGAUGAUUUUGCUAAAGUCCCAUGUGCCAGACAUAAUCUCCACAGAUUACCCAGAUUUAAUCUUGGGUCUGUUCCUGACGAUGAAUGGAACUUGCUAUAUGUGGCAGUGACGCGAGCUAAAAAGUGUCUGGUGAUGACCAAGUCCAUUGAGAACCUCCUCACGCUGGCAGGGGAAUAUUUCCUGAGGUCAGAACUCACCAGUAACCUCUUCAAGGAGGGCCAGCUGCCUCGCUGCACAGUGAGGGAGUGCCACAACACUGUGAGAGAAGAAGCAGUUCUCACAAUGAAGAAAAUGCCCAUAAAAUACAGUGACAAAGUAGAUGUGGGCGGUUCUUUCUGCUCUACCUGUGUGGAGCAGCGCCUGGGACCAAUCACAUACCUCACAGGUUCUGCAGAGCUUGUGAAAUCCAUGCACUAUACAGUGGAGCAUGUGGACUUGCCAGCAAACAUAGCCCGGUUGCUUGCUCUGAUUUAGAAUGGGGAGAUUUUAAAAGGUGUAUUUUUUUAGGGUUAGACUAUAAAAAGGUUAUCUUAAUAAAACAAAUAUGGGUCCAAUAGGUUAGACAAAAAGGCUUCCGUCUUUUACUCUAUUGCCUAUGUCACAAGAUGUUUCAGUGCAUUAAGUAUGUACAGCCCACAUUACAUGACCUAUCAGUCCAGUGGGCAUCUAAAGCCCACAUGACAAAAAAAAAUAUGUACCAAUGUCUAUAACUCUUAAUGCAUAGACUGUCUGGCCAAAGGAUCCAAAUUGUUUUUCAGUAAGUGGUGGAGUUGGGACAGUCUUUGCAAGCAUUAACAUGAAUCUGUCUCCCUGCAACACUGCCUCUAUUAUGAAAUGCAGCAUAGAACUUGGAGCAGUGUUUGCAGGGGAAAACUUAAAGAUUUCAAACUGAUGUAACAGGGUGCGAGACAUGUUUCAGAUCUGUAUAAAUUCCACAGGGUUUGUUUUAAACUUCCAAGUUUCAGAACUAACCAGGAUGUGGUGACUAAAACAGAAAAGUAUGUUCAUAGUGAAACUAAACAUCAAGAAUAAUACAAAAGUUCAGAUCAUUUCAUACACAAAUACAGUGCUCUUUUUAAGUGGGUUCAGAGCCACUCAUAAACAGCUUGGAAUGGAUGUGUUUUUUUUUGUUUUUUUUUUUAAAUCUGUAAUUUACAAGAUCUGCAUCAAUCCCACGUAAGGACUUCUGUCCUGUUUUCCCACAGCCAGAUGGAAAUGGAUUGUUUAGCACUCCUUUAAGAAUGUGGACUAUUGUCUGAUCUGGAGAUGCAAUAUGUACAAACUAAAUUCAGUUAAUCAGGCUUGACCAGAUCAAAAGGCCUUCUAUUGCUUGACGUCUUUGGUUCUUGUUUUUGAAGAUUUACAGCUGUGACGUGACGGCAGUAUAGCUACGAAAUUUGUGAAGUUCUCCGUUGUCUAAGACGUGGUCUGUAGAACUAAAUCAGAAAAGCAUUCAGUAGUUGAUUUGUAUUUGUUCUGUGUGGUGUUUUUUUUUUUUUUUU